GAAGUCCUGCCUAUCUCAAAAUAAAGAGCUCCACAUCUCUUUUGCGGUUUCAGCAGUUGAAGGAGAAAAAGACAGCAGCAAAGAGCUGGUAUGAGCCAGUCAGGGACAGGAUUGAGAGUAAGCUCCUGGUAAAGGCAGUCUAUCCGCUAAAUGAAUUGUUGUCGUCCUUGUGGUUUGAGUGGUCGAGGAAGAGUAAGCAGGACGGAGUCAGCUGGAGCAAGCCAGGGAGAUAAUGUGAGAGUGAGUUCUGCUGUUCAUCCCCCAGAGAUAUAAAAGUCUCCUUUAUCUCUCCUUGAUCCGGUACUCGAGGAGGAGUAAGUAGAAGAGUGCCAGUCUGAUAGCUAUUUAUCCGAGAGUAUCAGCUGAAGAGAGCCGUGGUGUCAUAGAAUAUGAGAGCAAAUUCUCUGUCGAAGCCUCUAUCUGCUAGAUAUAGGUAGGUAUCUCCAUGCAGUUUUGUCCUGAGAGAAGGGCAUGCAGUAUGCAGAAGACUGAUGGUCUCUCUGGGAUAGAAAGAACAAAGUACGAGGCAGUUCUGUCUCUAUAUAAGAUAGCGAGGUAGGUAAAAGAAAUAAAGACGGGUGGUUGUAGGCAUGGUAUUGGUGAUUAAGGAUGAAGUAUAGCGUAUAAUUCUAUUAAGGUCGGCAUAUCCACCAGGACGGAGGAGUUGAAAGACAGUAAGAAGGUAGUUGGAUAGAGAGGGAAGAUGAGGAGGAAUGCUGAUAGAGAAAUAAAAGAAGAAGAAGAAGAGAAAGUCCGAGAGAACGGAAAGAUGGGGGUUUAUAUAGACCUCCUGGGGGGUCUCCUUCACUGUCUCCAGACUCUCCUUGCUGUCUUUAGUGACUCUUCCCUGCUUCACCGUCUUCUUCACUGUCACCAUCUCUGUCUUCACGCUCUCUAUUACCGCGCAUAUCUGUCUUCACAGUGUCUCCUCACGGUGUCUCUUCACGGUGUCUCUUCACGGGUAUCCCUUCACAAUCUCUGUCUUCACACAUUCUCUCGCUGGGUAUUUCUACCUUCACUAUCUUGAUCUUCACCCUUCUUUUUUACCUUCUUUAGUCACUAUCCUGUCUUCACGUCUUCACCCUCGCUGUCUCUAUCUUCUCUUCUCUUCUGUCCCUUCACUGUCUUUCAUGUCUUUUCUCCGUCUUUACUUUUUAACUUUUAACUCUAACUUUAAACUAUCUGCUUACUCAUCUCUUACUCAUCAAACUCAUCACGUGCAUUUAAUGAAAGGAGCAUCGCCAAGACCUGCUUACGUACUCCAAUAGAAGGCAGAAACGAAGCAAAAGAAGCAAAAAAAAAAAGGGAAAAGACGACGAAAGAACGAACAAGCAAACGAAAAGACAGCGAAGGAAGAAGACGACAAACAACGACGACGAAGAGAAGAAGAAGAAGAAGCGAAGACGAAGAGACAAGACGAAGAAGAAGAAAAAGGCCGUCCUGCUAUCUGCGAGCGUCCUCUCUGCACCGCCAGCUCCGCCUCGACUUGCGCGCCCUCGUCCUCGCCACUCCCCGUCGCUGCCAGCGCUCCCAGCAACUCCCAGACUAGCGUUCAAAGCCAGCCCGUCCGUCCCUGGUCGCAGAUAGAGAGUUACAUCUUCUGCGUCUUCUCUCUUCCAGCACUACAUAACCGUCGCAAGCUCUCCCUCUCUCUCUCCCUGUCUGCCGUAUCUUCCGCCGUCUGUCUCUCUGUCUCACAUACACCACCGCCAUGGCCGACCGCGAGCAGCCCUACGACCCUUACAUUCCCUCACAGUCGAAGCCCGGCCAGGAUGGGCCGACCUCAGGCAACCAGCGGACAGCAGCGCUGCAGGCCCAAAUCGAUGAUACCGUCGAUGUGAUGCGGGAGAACAUCAACAAGGUCUCGCAGCGAGGCGAGCACCUGGACUCCCUGCAGGACAAGACAGACAACCUCGCCGUCUCUGCUCAGGGCUUCCGUCGGGGAGCCAACCGCGUCCGGAAGCAGAUGUGGUGGAAGGACGUCAAGAUGCGCAUAUGGCUCAUCAUCGGCAUCAUCGUCCUGCUCAUCGUCAUCAUAGUCCCAGCCGGUGCGUCUCUCAUUUCACCAUCUUCAUUUCUUAACAACCGCAUGCUAACCUCCUGUAGUCGUCGCAUCAAAGCAUGUCAAGUGAUUCUAUACGUCCAUAUACCACCUAAUCCAGCUGCCUUCGCCAAUACCCUUACCAUCGAACAAGCGAAGGUUCUCUCCCUCGUCCACCUCAUGAAUCUCCUAUCUAGCACUGCCUUUCCCCCCAACUAUGCGAAAUCCAUGACCGUGUGUGUGUAUUCUGAUAACUGAUUGUGAUUGUGAUACUGAUGCCUGGCCUACUCGGAUGACCACGAGUUUUCCCCGAUGACCUUUUUUUAUUAUUUCCUUUUUGUGUCCUGAUUUCCUUUGUCUAUUGUGAUUCUGUUUUAAUACCAUGACUCUUUGAACUCCCGCCGAUGCCAACGAACCAUCUCAACUGGAGUCGCUCUGCUUUAGGGACGGGAACCAAGGGGUAAUAGAGGGUUUCUUCUUUUCCUUUCUCUUUCUUUUUGGCCAACGAAAUUCCCGUAAUGUGUUACAAUAGCGACUAUUAUAAUGGCUGCGUGUUCUCCCUAGCCACUCCUCUUCUCUCUCGUCUUGUGCUUCUCGUCUUAUGCUCUUCGUCUUAUGCUUCCUGUCUUCCCUUCUCUGUACGUAGUCUUGCUUCGUUGAUACUGCAUGUCCUAUGAAAGCUGCAUCCCUAGGAAAAGCAACAUUAGCAGUGGGUCGACCAGGGUGAGCAGACAGCCUUGAACCAUGAUAGUAGAGAACAGCUACUCCGUCGUACUACUAAAUAAAUACUAGUAGCAAGCGAAAGCUGCAGCGAUGUGCCGUGCAGCCUGUUUAUGUCUAUUAUUAUGCGGCCGGCGCA